GAGGAAAGAACCUGGAAAACAGGACACAAGCAUCUUUGAAGUUAUUUAGGCAAAAUGAAGCUGACUCUGGUGCAGAUCUUUUUCAUAAUGUUGCUGCUCCUGCUGGGCCUGGGGGUGGGCCUGGGGGUGGGACUUCAGAUGGCCGCAGCAGUCCUGGAGGAAAGUGAUCAGCUACUGAAUGAGUUUCAGUCCAGUGACUCACAGGACAAGGCUGAAGCCACUAGGGAGGGAGCGGGCACCCGAAGCAUAGAAACCCUGCUGUUUAGCAACAAAGAAGUGGUGCAACUGGAAGAGACCAUCAUCAGUGAAGAUGAAGUUGGAGGAAACAAGAUGCUCAGAGCUGAGGCUCUCUUUCAGAGCAACAAAGACUAUCUCAGGUCUGACCUGAUGGACAGAGAAUGCAAUGCCCUGAUGGCACAGAAGAUGAAGCCGCACAACCACACAUGCAUACCCCAGUACAUAUUCAUCCAUGAGGAACUAGAUGCAGUCAAAGCUGUCUGUAAGAGUCCUGUUGUUGCCUGUGACCUCAAGGGAGGCAAGUGUCACAAAAGCACCCGUCCUUUUGAUUUGACAUUCUGCAAGUUAUCCAAACCAGGCCAAGUCACUCCUCACUGUAAUUACGUAACUUUCAUUCUUGAAAAGUACAUUUUUAUAUCCUGUAGUGACAUGAAAGUCCAGGUAACAUCUGGACCAUGAAGUAACUUCUCUUCUGCACCUUCUCAUCUUUGUCUUCCUUUCCACUUCCUCUUUUUCAUGCUGUUUUCGUCCUUGGGUAUUCUGCAAAAAAGGUUCUGGGAAGAGAGGCUGGCCUAUUCUUUAUCAUAUUUGAAAAUAUAAAUCUUCUUUGCCCUAGGGUUCACCCAACUUGCAUUUUUUUCCUGGGAUUAGAGGUGGUAGAAUAGGGUGAUGAUGUCCGAUCUCUGUAGGUUCUCUGUCUCUUAGAGUCUAUCUCUUGCCCUGGAAAGAGAUAAGUGAAGAACUGCUCUAGUCUCUCCUAUGAUCCUGGUCAUCAGUUUGUUCCCUGGUCUGGAUGC